UAUCUUGUAAUUUUUGGCGCAGAGGUCGCUGCUGGAGUCUUUGUCUUUCUGAAUAAGGAUACGAUCAUUCAGGAUGUCCAAAAGUAUUACCAGUCUGCUAUGGAAAAUGACAACGGGACCGCCAUUACUUCCAUGUAUCACAAAAUGUUUGAAUGUUGCGGGACUGAGUCCUCUCACCCUCCUGAUCUGUGCACUGAUGACAGUCCUGACACGUAUUGUGACAAAGCAAUAGAAGACUUCUAUAAAGAAACACUCUUCAUAAUCGGAUACGUUGGCAUCGGCAUUGCUGGAAUUAUGAUAAUUGGCAUGAUCUUCAGCAUGGUUCUAUGCUGCGCCAUUCGGAACAGCAGGGAAAUUAUUUAGGUUCCUCGCGCUUCCCCUCUCACCCAGUUGGACUGUUUCAAAGCCCACUGUCUUUGACCUCAUCAGACCAUCACAUUCAGGCUCGGGAAGCGGAUGGAGGAGCUCCCGUGAGGCAGUUGUGGGUCUUGUGGUACUGUUUUGUGAUCAGCGUUCUAUCUCUGAUGGUUUCUGUCUUUUCUGCUCCUUUCAUUGUUUGACGAUGACCUCCACUGCAUGGACUGCUACUGUAACCACAUUAACCUUUACAUUUAUUUUGUCUUCAAUGAUUUAUUACCGAAUCAUCACAAGGGGAAUCUUAACAGUGUACAUCUCGCUUUUUUCAAACUUGGUCUCACUUAAUAGAUAGUUCUUGAGUUACCAGUUAAGAGUUAAUGAAACGGACAUUUACUUGCUGGUGUAAAUAAGCUCUCUGAUGCCUCACUGAUCAACUACUUUUCAUGUUAUUUAUUGUGUGAACUAGACCAGGGGCCUCAUUUAUAAAGCGUGCGUACGCUCAGAUUUGAUCUUAGAAUGUGCGUACGCUAAAUCCACGCCAACGCUCAUAUUUGUAAAAACUGUCUUUGACGUGGAAAAGUGCUUAGCGUCACGUCAGAAUCUG